AUGAUAUCCGGUCGUGGUAGAACUAAGAUUCGUGCCCCUCGUCGGGCUUUUGGAGGUCAUGGACGUCAAAAUGAAUUUGAUGUGCAGUGGGAAAUUCUACAAAACGCCCUUCGAGAAAUCCACGAAAAGAACUCCUCUAAAUUAUCCUUCGAACAACUCUACCGAGCAUCUUACAAAAUCGUACUGAAGAAUGAGGGGGACUUACUUUAUGAUCGGGUCAAGGUUUUCGAAGAACAAUGGUUUGCCGGAAAAGUGAUGCCAGAUAUCAGGAAACUGAUUACUGCAAAUCUGGUUAACGUGGCUACCGGUGGCGUAUCUGGAACUGCUGCAAACGAACGAAGAAUCACUGGUGAACACUUUUUGGGUGGACUUAGAGCUUCAUGGACUGAUCACAAUACUUGUAUGAGUAUGACAACCGAUGUCCUCAUGUACAUGGAUCGUGUUUAUUGUAACGACAAUGAUAAGGCUUCAAUUUACACCACUGCCAUGGGCCUUUUCCGAGAUCACAUUUUACGUUCACGCCUUCUUCAAGAUUCAAGCAUCAUAACUUUUGAUAUUCUGAACUCGGUUAUACUGGAUCAAAUUGGAAUGGAGAGAGAAGGAGAUGUCAUAAAUAGACAUUUGAUCCGAUCUGUCAUCUAUAUGCUCGAGGCACUAUACGAAACAGACGAUGAGAAUGAAAACGAGAAGUUGUAUUUCACUAUCUUUGAGCCGGCGUUUUUGGCGGCUAGCAAAAAGUUCUACCAAGCAGAAUGUCAAACUUUACUGCGGGAUUCCCCUGCCAGUACAUGGCUACGUCAAGCCAAAAAGCGCCUAGACGAGGAAACCGAUCGAUGCAAUACCACUAUAGCAAUUCUCACAAGCAAGAAGAUACAGAAAGUUGUCGAGCAAGAAUUGAUCAGCAGCCAUUUGAACGAAUUCCUGGCGAUGGAGGGCAGUGGUCUACAGGCAAUGAUCGAAAAUGACCGAUAUGAAGAUUUGACCAUUUUAUACCAGCUUAUUAGCCGGAUAGACCCAACCAAGGAACCACUGAAGGUCGCCUUGCAGGCUCGAGUGGUUCAUCUAGGACUUGAAAUCAACAAAAUCAUUUCUAGUGGUGAUUUCGGCGGUCCUGUGGCGGCAGAUGAUAACAAACCUGAAGCAGAGGAGGAAGACGCGGAAGUUUCGAAGAAGAAGGUCAAGCCAAUGAAUGCUGCCGCGAAGCAGACCCUUGCAGCCAUCAAGUGGGUUGAUGAGGUUUUGCGUUUGAAGGAUAAGUUUGACAACAUGUGGAAGAAGUGCCUUCAGGAAGAUCUCAUCCUCCAGACAGCUAUUACCAAGAGCUUUUCCGAUUUCAUCAACCUUUUCGAUCGAUGUUCUGAGUUUGUCUCCUUGUUUAUUGAUGACAAUCUCAAGCGUGGAAUCAAGGGCAAGACUGAGCUUGAGAUUGAUGAAGUUUUGGAUAAGGCCACUACCCUACUUCGAUAUAUCCAGGACAAAGAUAUGUUUGAGAGAUACUAUAAGAAGCAUCUUGCCAAGCGAUUACUACUCAACAAGUCCGAAAGCAGUGAUGUUGAGAAGCAGAUGAUUUCCCGAAUGAAACUGGAAAUUGGCAACGCGUUCACUACCAAGCUUGAAGGCAUGUUCAAGGACGUUACAAUGUCCGAAGAACUUUCUUCCAAUUACCGGAAUCACAUCAGUAAUCUCGGAGAUAAGGACCGAAAUCAAAUCGACCUCUCUGCUAUCAUCCUCUCAACAAAUUGUUGGCCUACAGAAAUUAUUGGUGGUAUCCCUUCACAAGAGGAUGGUCCUCGACAAACUUGCAACUGGCCGGCAGAAAUCCAAAAAUUGCAAGACUCGUUCCGAGCAUUUUACCUCAAGGAUCGCAAUGGUCGAAUGUUGACCUGGCUAGGCAACCUCGGAAACGCAGAUAUCCGAUGUACCUUUCCCGCCAUUCCAGGCGAGACAGGGGUGAAGGGCAGGGAGCGCAAGUACGAAUUGAAUGUCAACACUCAUGGCAUGAUCGUGUUAAUGCUUUUCAACGACCUCCAAAAUGGCGAAUCACUAUCUUUUGAGGAAAUACAAGAACGCUUGAAUAUUCCCGAGAAAGACCUACCCCGAGUACUUAUGCAACUCUCUGGUCCGCCAAAAUCUCGAGUUCUACUCAAGACACCAGGCAAACCCAACGAACACCCUAAAUUGGGUGAUGUUUUCACAUUCAACACCUCUUUCGUCAGCAAAACUGUCAAGAUUAAAGCUCAAGCGAUGGGUGGCAUGUCUAAUAAGGUGGAAGGAGCUGAAGAGAGAAGACAGACGGAGGAAAGAAAUGAUGAGCAUAGAGGAAGUGUCAUGGACACGGUCAUUGUGCGAAUUAUGAAGGCACGCAAGGAAUUUCCUCAUCAACAACUCGUCGCGGAAGUAAUCUCUCAACUUUCCCAUCGUUUCCAACCUAAUAUAAACAUGAUGAAGCGACGAAUCGAAAGUCUGAUUGAGCGAGAGUAUUUGGAUAGAAUCGAGGAUGCUAAUGUUCCUACGUACCGGUACUUGGCUUAA